CCUCUGGUGCUUUUGGAGGCUGAGCUGUCAGCAGGCAGGAGCCCUGAGGUGUGGGCAGGACUGGGAGCAGAUGGAUCCCAGCAGCAGCAGCUGCAUGAGCAGCCCACAGCCUCCCCCCCUGCUCUGGGGCUGCGUGAGGAGCUCCCAGCCCGAGCUGAGCUCGGCCCCAGGGCUCAGCCACUACCCAGCAGCACCCUUCUCCUUCCAGCAAAAAGCAGAUUUUGCUGCGUACCCUGAUUUCUCAGCCUCCUGCCUGGUGCCAGCUGCCCACAGCUUCCCCCAGGAGCAGCACCCCUCGUUCCAGCACCCUGAGUGGCACCUGGCAGCACCUGAGGCCACCAGAGGAGCAAACCCAGGGCUGGCCUUGGCUUCUGGAGAGUCAGAGGGCAGCAGCGCCAGCCUGGUGAGCGUGGCUGCGGAUGAGGAUGAUGAGGCGCCGGCAAAUCCUACAAGUGACUCUGAGAAAAAGCCAUCCAGAAGGAAAAAGGAAAGCUCAGAGACCCAGAUCUCCAGCAAUAAGGCAGAAAGCAGCAGCAGAUCACGGAAGGAAAGGACAGCUUUCACCAAGGAGCAGCUGAGGGAGCUGGAAGCUGAAUUUGCCCACCACAACUACUUGACAAGGCUCAGGAGAUACGAGAUAGCUGUGAACCUGGAUCUCACCGAAAGACAAGUCAAAGUAUGGUUUCAGAACAGAAGAAUGAAGUGGAAACGUGUUAAAGGUGGGCAAGCAGUGCCCUCACACGAACAUGACACAGAGGAUGUGGACUCUGCUGCCUCCCCCAGCUCUGAGUAAUCCCUGCAGCAACGGGAGACGAGUUUGGAGAAAAUCAUUGGUUGGAAUGUGGGUGCAAACUGCUUAAAAUCAGCUACGCAGUGAGGUUACAGAGGCAAUUAAAGAGCACAAGGGGAAAAAAAGCCAAAGGACAGCAUGGGUUUGAUUUUUGUCUCUCGAAUUGUCUUACUACCACAGAUGUGUCUACAGAAAAAAAAAAAACAGCAACAAACACUGAAUAUAAAACAGGAAUAAUGUUGUAGAGACUCUCAAACAUCCAGAAAAUGCAGAUUUUUAGUCAGAAUAUGCAGCUCUGUCCUCAUCCAGGCUUCCCCUGGUCACACCUGUUCAGUCUGCAUUUGGACUUGACAAUGCACAUUUUCCCUGUGCCCUACUCGGAGAGAAAUAAAUCCUUUGAUAGUCACUGAUUUUUCUUGCAAAAUGAGUUGGACACCUGUAUGAAUAGACAAUAAGAUCACAAAAUAAAAUGUGAGACUAAAAAUAGAUUUACACA